AUGAUGCUGCGGCGGUGGAGGGUAGGGGUAAUACCCGUAUCCUUGAGGCGGUCGGGUCGGAUCCGGACCGAACGAGCCUCCGGCGCCGCUGCUGUGUGUGUGAGCGACUGGGGCAUAUGGAGAGGAGAUUGCAGACGGAGGAGGUUGGUAGGGAUAGCCAACACGCGGCUGUUCGGAGUCGGAUGCCGGCGGGGCCGAAGGUUGGGUGCCGCCGGUGCGAUAACUGAUUUCUUGAAGUCUUUCUCAGAGCAUUCCCCCGAACCACAAGUAUUCCCCAUCUUGACCUCUUCCAACCCCAAUCCAUCCCCACCGUUCAUUUCCACCUCAGAAAGCAUCUCACCCUCGACAGGCUUCCGCUUCUUGAAAGCCUUCUUCUUCUUAAAGCCGCCUUUUUUCUUUUUCGAGGGCCCCACUUUCGCAUUAUCCUUUGUGCUGUUACAAAGUGAGUUGCUCGUCCCAUUUUCAGAGUUAGAGACAGAUGAUUGGAUGGCUAUCAUAGCCGUUCGGGCAGCUUUUAUCUCAGCUUCCUUUUUUGUGCUGGCUAAGGCUCCUAUGUAUUUAAUGCCCCCAAUUUCGACCACACAUGAGUAUGCGGAGGCCCGGCCCAGCAGUAAAGGCCAGCCUUACCAGUAUAAAAUGAAAAGUAGUUUCAUUAAGUAUGUAAAAGUUAAAAGUGCUGAGUUGGCGAGUUCUACUAAUGCAACUUCGGCUGCUGACUGCUCGGCUGCUUUGCGGUUGAAAAAUCCGGGAAGAGAAUCGUACCUCUCAUUGUUUACAAUCACAGUUGAUCUGAAGAACGGCUCAUGGGAAGGGCCUUCCUUGAUUGUUUCGUAA